UGCCAUGCAUGUGAAAAUCUGCCCUCAAUGAACCGGUUUAGAGAUGCCAUUCACUCGCUGUGCAGGGAUGCCAUUGUUUUUUUGUUUGGUUAGAGAGUCUCUUAGAAACGGUGGCAACACAGAGCAGUCAGUACCAGAGGAUUUCAGCCAGAGGCGGCUUUCAGAGAUUUAAUCAAAACCCUCCAGCCACCAUUCGGAGAGAUAUGUCCGUCGUGCAAAGUUCAAGCUCCCGAGGGACAACAGGACAGAGCAGUCCCAGUCAGUCUACUCAGGUGCUGCUCACCAACGAAUUCACCAAGACGCUGACGAGGAGCAGUCCGCGCUUCGGUUCCUUGAGCCAUCACUCGUUCUUCUCACGGCACAACCCUCAUCCAAACAGGGUGAGGCAUAUCCAAGGACUUAAUGGGAGACCUGUCUGCACAGUGAGAGAUGAUUGGUUUGUCACCUCGUCAUUAUUUCCUCAUCCACUUCUCAAGAGCCACGUCCUCAGGAAAGUGGCCGACACUUCCUUUGAUUUCCCACUCAAUCAGAGUCUAAACGGAGUCGGCAGCAACAGAAACAAAUCAGCCCUGUUUUCAGAGGCCUGGAGGGAUGAACUCAAAGAGCUCGCUGCAAAAGUCAGUUUGUCUCCUCAAGCACAGAGGGACAAACGAGAGGAGCCACCAGAAGAAGAAUUUGUCCGUCGGAAGACCCAAUAUUCGGCUGACACCGGGAGAAUCAUGCCUCCGCCCACGAAGUCUUACCAGCGCAGAUCUCACUCCCAGCGCCUGCUCUUUCCUCAGCCCUUCCAUGAUCAGGAACUCACGGUGUUGGAGCUGCUUUGUCAGAUCCUGCAAACGGACUCUCUGUCCACAGUCCAGCAGUGGCUUCUGCUCGCAGGACAAAGAGAGAAAGACCUGGUGAUGGGGAUGAUCAAACAAGCUCUGGACGGCGUCGACCACCAUCACCACCCGAACCUCCAUCAGCUCCAGGCUUUUCAUCCUGGCGCAUCACCGCCUGUGUACGAUGCAAAGUUCGAGCAGCCGUGGAGAACACCGCAAACAACGUGGUCAGGCUCACUCAGGAUGAACCGAACCUUCAGUGAUGACAAACCAGUGAGUAUCGGGGGUGCGGAGGUGCUCGAAGUCAACGCUGGAGCUCAGACUCCUCCUCAAGGUCGUCCCCUUCAGCGCACGGAGAGCGUCUAGACAUCACCUGCUUUUCAUCACAACUGCAUCAUUGUUUCCUGACUCUGAGAAAUGACUGGUUUAUUUGCUCCCACGGCAUCUUCAGGUUUCUUUCAGCCUGUCUGCUUCGUGGAUGACUCCUGAUGCUGUGGGUGUGUGGUUGUACACCAGCUGAUGUUAGGAAAGUGAGACAAGUAGCAAGAUUAGUUUACAAAGUGCAAUCUUUAGUUUGAGGAGAAAUAAAACUUAUAUAAAUAUUUUGUGGACUUAAUAACAUAUUAAAAUAAAGCAAUUUUUAAAGACUGUA